AUGUGCUAAUAUGUUAUAUUAUUGAUCCUGUUGUUUACAGUGAAAAGCACAUAUGUGUUCUGCCCAGAUACAAAUGACCUCAACACAGAUUAUCUCCUUUUAGAUUGUCUAGGAGAGCAGUUCAACUGGCUUUAUUCAGUGUUUAAUAAUUUGCCAUCUUUGGUGGAGUUUGCUGUGUGGAUGCGCUGUGAAACUGGUGUCUGUCCAACUGAUCUUCAAGGCAGGAGACAUUACUGCAGCUACAUAAACAUCCAGAACACAACACACACUCCAGCUGCCAGCGAUACACUCGACUGGUGCUGCUUUGACCAUCAACGAUGCUAUCGAGAAAUAGAAGAAUUACAAUGCAGAAAGACUCCACCAGCACACACCAAUUACACCUGCUCCCAUCUUAGCAACAACAGCUGUGAUUCACUUGAUUUGUGUGAACAAGGAUUCUGUCUUUGUGACCAAGAAGCUAUAGCUUGUAUUGGAAACAAUUCCCACUUAGUCCUUUCAACUCAGCACCAGAGCCCAGAACUCACAGAUCUUCUUUAUAACAACACCAUCAUCAGUGAGAUGGUCAACAGAACAGAAUGGGUGGGAGCAUCGCCACAGAUAUCAGAUGUGGAUAUAAUGCUUGAUGAACUGGAUAUUAUAUUGAAUGGAACUAUGGGUAACUUCACUGAGGAAUUUUUCCUGAAAAACAACACUCUGAAGAACCAGAGCCACGGUGCAGGGUAUUCUAGGAUACCAAUAUCAGAGCUGAAAAAAGAUGGAGGUAAAGUUGAAGCACUCCUAAAGGACAAGAUGUUCCUCCAAACUACGGCAGUGACCUUUGAUACUACAUUGCCACAGCCGUUGGGCUACAAUGAUGACAACACCACAGCAAAACUGGACCCGAACUCUUCAGUGGCAAAGAACAAAGAGAUGGAGAGCAAAGAAGAUUCAAUAGAGAUGAGGGAGAUGGAUGAAGGUGGGGAUAGUGCGAAGAGUGUGGAGAGAUCGCAUACUGAGGAGAAAGAACAGGAAGAAGCUAAAAUGUCUCAAGGCAUUGAUAUCUUUCUGGUAUCCACUCCAUCUGAGUCAGAAACCAAUCAAAUCCUGUUUCACACAGUAAACGUGACCCUGCCAGCCGAACAAAACACUGAGGUCACGCCCACUCCUACUCAGCUGUCUCCUGAGGAUUAUAGACAUGAAAGCAGGGAAGAGAUAAGCAGCAAGGAUGAACAGAUAACAGAAAGGUUGCAGACCACCACCCUAACCAAGAUCACUGAAGAUCAGGCCAAAUUGCUUGAGAUACACGCACCAGCUAACACACACACUCUCAUCUCCACACAUCGUCUCUCAGAAGAUGAGGAGGUGACGGACACAGAGAGUCAGGAUGAAGAACACAGUGCUACCACUACACAUGGCUAUGAAGAAGAAGAAGAAGAAGAAGAAGAAGAAGAAGAAAAAGAAGAAGAAGAAGAAGUGAGAGAGAAGAAAUAUGAACUUCUUCAGAGAAGAAAGCGAAUGAUGCCACUCAUCUCCUGGCCCCUGCUGGAGGCAGCGGGACUGUCCGAGAUUCUGCUAGACUCUCAAUCAGAUGAGUGCAGCAUGACAUUUAUGCAGUACAGCUCCACCGGAGAGGUAAUUAAGGAGUUUGCAGCUUUGGGGGAAAUGCUGUACUGCCUAACCGGCCACUGUCCUCAAGAGUACGAGCACUACGGCUGCUAUUGUGGACAGCACGGUAGCGGAAUCCCCCAAGACAACUUGGAUCGGUGCUGUUUCCUGCAUCAGUGCUGUUUGGAGCAGCUCACACUGUUGGGCUGCAGGAGAGACAGGAAACUCAAUAUUCACACCACCUGCCACAACAGCAAGCCUCAAUGCCUUGGAGUAAGUGUGUGCGAUCGGCUGCAGUGCGCAUGUGAUCACACUGCAGCCGAGUGCAUGGCAGCAUCUCAUUUUAACCACUUGGUAACCUCGCAAUGUUCUGGUCCUCGACCUUCCUGCAUGCGCAGACCACGCCCAGAUCCACAACCCACAAAUGCUGACUCCAGCCAGGAGAGUUCAGAAACUAAAUUAGAUCUACAAACACAUACAGGUCCACAGCAACGUCCACAAACACUUGGUAAACCUGGACACACCAAGAAGCCAGAGGGGGCCAAGGAGCAAGAGGGGAAGUAUGCAGGAAAACCAGAAAAGGAGAAUAACAAAGAAGAAAAAGAAGAAGAAGAUGAAGAAAGCUAG